CAUUUUCAUUCUGGACCAUUUCGUAACAGACACAGUACACACCUGUUUUGUUCUCUGAACAUUAUAAGAAACAUCGACUAAGAAAAUUAAACUACUGAUUAAACAAAACAAACAUUAGAGAUAAAGAGAAACAAUGGCAGCUGGUGGAGGAGGAGGAAAGGCUGAUGAAUUCCUACCUCAUCCUGUUAAGGACCAACUUCCGGGUGUUGAUUACUGUGUUACCAGUUCUCCCUCAUGGCCUGAAGGGGUCAUUCUCGGGUUUCAGCAUUAUCUGGUUGUGCUUGGGACCAUUGUCAUUGUUUCCACCAUCCUUGUCCCUUUGAUCGGUGGUGGCAAUGUAGAAAAGGCUGAAACAAUACAGACUCUACUUUUUGUUGCUGCCAUUAACACACUUCUGCAAACGUUGUUUGGCACACGGCUUCCAGUGGUUGUUGGAGCAUCCUAUUCUUUUCUAAUUCCUGCUGUUUCCAUUGCCUUUUCUAGCAGAAUGAGUGUAUUUGCUGAUCCACAUCAGAGAUUUAAACAAUCUAUGAGAGCCAUACAAGGAGCACUUAUUGUUGCAUCGUUUUUCCAAAUCAUUGUUGGCUUUUUUGGCUUUUGGAGGAUAUUUGCCAGGUUUCUCAGCCCGCUUAGUGUAGCCCCUCUUGUCACUCUGACUGGACUAGGAUUCUUUAUGUUAGGAUUUCCCAAAUUGGCAGAUUGUGUUGAAAUUGGUCUCCCUGCAUUAGUUAUCAUUAUCAUCUUGUCCCAGUACAUUCCACAAAAGAUGAAAUCAAGAGGAGCUGAUAGAUUUGCAAUCAUAGUCUCAAUUGGAAUUGCAUGGGCAUUUGCUGAAAUUUUGACUGCUGCUGGUGCCUAUAAUAAAAGAUCGCCUAAAACCCAACUAAGUUGCCGUACUGAUCGAUCUGGGUUAAUUAGUGCUGCUCCUUGGAUAAGAGUUCCAUAUCCAUUUCAAUGGGGACGCCCUUCUUUCAAUGCUGGUGAUGCUUUUGCUGUGAUUGCUGCUUCUCUUGUUGCAAUUGUAGAGUCAACAGGGACAUUCAUUGCAGCAUCAAGAUUUGGAAGUGCAACCCCUGUUCCACCUUCUGUGCUUAGUCGUGGUGUUGGCUGGCUGGGCAUUGGCACUCUUUUGGAUGGCCUUUUUGGCACAGGAACUGGAUCCACUGCAUCAGUUGAAAAUGCAGGACUCCUGGGUUUAACACGAGUAGGAAGCCGCAGAGUCAUUCAAAUAUCAGCUGGAUUCAUGUUUUUCUUCUCUAUAUUAGGAAAAUUUGGAGCAGUUCUUGCUUCAAUACCUCUGUCAAUUAUAGCAGCUAUUUACUGCGUUCUCUUUGCCUACGUAGCCUCAGCUGGGCUUGGUUUUCUUCAAUUCUGCAAUCUAAACAGCUAUAGGUCAUUGUUCAUCCUUGGACUCUCUCUCUUCCUCGGUUUAUCAGUUCAACAGUAUUUCAACGAAUAUCUGUUGAUAUCUGGACAUGGCCCUGUUCAUACUGGCUCCGCUGCGUUCAACGAUAUAGUGCAAGUGAUUUUCUCAUCCCCAGCAACUGUAGCAAUCAUGGUUGCUUACUUCUUGGACUUAACUUUGAGUCGCGGAGAUAGCUUAACUCGCAGAGACAGUGGGAGACAUUGGUGGGAAAAAUUCAGGAAUUUCAAUCAUGAUAUUCGAAGUGAAGAGUUCUAUUCACUUCCUUUCAACCUCAACAGAUUCUUUCCAUCAUUUUGAGUGCACUUCCAUUUUAAAAUUAUCAAAGACAAAAUCUAUGUUCCUUUUAGAAUUUAUUGUCUCAAAGAGUGUCUGUAAUAAAUAUAUGUAUACAAAUAUGUAUGUAUAAGUCGUAAGUUAUAUCAUUACUGACUUAUUUAACCCUUCCCAAGUA